CACGCGGGCUGCUCACUUUUGGGUGCAAACAGUGAUGGAUUCUGAAUGCAGCUACUGUGCCAGUGUCACAGGCUAUUGCAGGCGAGUGAAGGCAUGCACGGUGUGCGCGGGCUUGGCCAUCCGUCAACGCGUCGCUCGUGUGGUGGUCUGCGCGGGUGGGUCUGUGAACGCGCUCUCAAUGAUACCAAAAUGCUCGUGUUUUUGGGCACGACCUGGAUUGGCGCCUUUUCUCUUCCUAAAAAAAAUCUUUUCGCUUCUUACUUUUGUCUAAUCUCUUCGCAUUCACCAGGCAAAUGAGCACGGCCAACGACAGCAUUCUUGACGAAAGCUACGUGGAAGACAAUGCGAUAACAACGCCGCGCUCUGCCACCAGCGAACCAGCCGAUGCCGAAUUAGAAGAACUGCGCAGUGUGCGUCGCGCGCUCAGCAAAAUGAACCAGGGCCUCGAGAACGUACAGCACCAGCUAAAGUACUUCAACAGCAAUGUGGGCCAGACCACGCAGCUUCUGGACGCCUGGGUGCGCAUACUGUCGCAGACCUCGCACAACCUGUCGUUCCUGGCAAAUGACGCAUGGCAGGGCGGCAGCAAGGACACAGAAAAGCUGGCGGAGCUGGCGCAGCGUGACCUUGAGCGCCAGGAGGAGGAGAAGCGGAGGGAGCGGGAGGAGGCCGAGCGCCGGGAGAAGGAGGCUGCCGAGGAGCUGGAGAGGAAGAGGCGGAGAGCAGAGGCUCUUGCGAGCCACCAGCAGAACCCAAGACGGCCGCCUGUGCAUGCGGGGAUUCGGCCAGGAAGCCGCGGCCUGCCACGGCCAGCCGGCACAGGUGCUGGUAGCAGGAUUGGCAGGGGUGGAGGUGUUGCGAGCGGACGUGGACGGGUGCGUGGGCGUGGCCUCAGCAGAGGCGUGCGUGGGCGCGCCUUGCCCUCGGACGUGCGGAGCCGGAUCCAGCCACCAAAGUAGGCAUAUCUUUUUCGUGAUAUAGACAUGCGCUUGUGUAUAUUCUCUUCGCUUAUGAAGUACAGUUGGAAAGCUUUUGUGGCUAUGGUAGUGUCUAGUGAAUGUGUGACUACGCAGCUGUCGGGUUGUUGGUGGCCAGCAGAGCAAUGUCGUUGCCCACUGCGACCAGGUCUGGGUCAAUUGCAGAGGCGCCAAUACUGUCCAGUCUCUGCGGCUCAAAGACAUUCUCCGCGCCGUGGCCCGCA